CAAGUUUUAUUGCAUAAUGAAUGAAUAUGCAGGUGUAAAAUGCUUCUCCUCUUUAGUUUACUUUGGCUUAAAUUUCUGGGCAUCGAAGGGUGUUGAAUAUAGAUACAGUUUGCAUACUCUCUGUUUAUUGUUAAGGGUCGGUUACAAACAAUAAUGGAGAAAUAUGUCAUACAUAGAUCUCUUUAUUAGUAAAAGCUAUUUUAUAUUCUCACAUACUCAAGGGGCUCAAUCUCUAUUUUUCUCAUGCAAACAGUUGGUUUCAGCAUUCGAGAAUAGAAUAAUACGAUUUCAAAUACAGGGGUCUCUCUCUCUCUCUCUGCAUUUUUUUCUUGGGGACUCUCUCUCUAUAUAUAUCUCAGUUUCUUGAAGCUCUCUCUCUCCUCGUUGUGCUCGGAGUUGCUCUCUCCCCCCUUGUUAUUCUUGGGGAGUAGCUCUCUCUCUCUCUCUCUCUAUCUUUCUUUUUCUUGGGGGAGUAGCAAGAGGACAUAGAACCUCCCACCACCUCUCUCUCUCUUUCUCUCUCUAAAUUAGAAAACCAGAUGGAUCCAAGAAAAAACCAUCUCAAAUAUACCUCUUUCCGCUCCUCCAUUCCCGGCAGAGCAACCCACAUUCCGGCACCAAAUCGUCAACUUCUCCGGCAACUCGUUUGCACUUCGACUGCUGACGUGUACAUCCACCCAUCCCCGGCUCAAUUGAUCCGCGCUUCCGCCAGGUGGGAUGUCAACAAGUCGAGGAAAAAGCGUCCUGAAUUCUUUGGCCGUGAUUCGGCCGGAAAACCAAAGAUUUCGUCAAUUACGCCAGAGCUCUGGUGUACUGGCCGGUUGCCCCUGACGACCUCCAUGUCAUCAGUGGACUGCCACGUGCCAGUUUCAGGGGGCGUCACAGCGGCCACGGCCACAAUGAGGCCGGGUCAUUUUCGAUACCCAAGAAGGUUAGAGCGAGCUCCUCUCAAGGGAACCGAUGAUCAUCAUCAUCCCACUGUUAUCCCAACUAUUUCGGGUCGGUCCAUCGGCAAUGCUGAUGAGGUCUUAUUAGAGGUAGAGAACCGAAUAAAGCAUGUCAGGCCAAGGGUGAAGGGAAAAGAGGUUGUAGGGUUCAUGGAAAAGAUUAAAUCAUUCUCCAUAGAGAAGAAGGAGAUGUGUUGCAUAUGUCAGACCUCCAAGGUGAAGAUGAAAUGGGGAGGCUCCAAUGUGGCCAUGGCUACCAUCUAAGCUGCAUAAGGCGAUGGCUCCUUCAUAAGUGUGCUUGCCCAAUCUGCAAGGCCCAUGCCUCCUUUGCUAAAGCUUCUCAUCCUUCCCAUUUUCCUUAAUGUAUUUAUUUCCCACUUAAGGAAAUUUCUUCUCCUUUCCUUUUUCCUUUUUUUUUUUUAUCAUAAAAGGUUGUUUCCUAGCUUGGAUGAUGAUGAUUUUAUUCGGGUGGCGAGCAAAUUGACCCACUUAAACCCAUAAUACCUUGUAUAUAUGUGAAAAUGUAUGGUCUCUUAAUAUAUAAUGAACAUAAUCAAA